AUGGAGUCUUCUGAGGUUGUUGAUGGAGCUGAUGUUGUUAUUCCGUUGGCUUCGGUUAAGCAAGUCAUGGACAGGUAUGCAAACACUCUCUAUGGGUAUUUUUUGGGUAAACGGCUAGCGUUUCCGGUGGUGGAUUACUUUGCUAAGAACAAUUGGGUUAAGUAUGGUCUGGAUAGAUUGAUGAUGAAUGCGAAUGGCUUCUUCUUUUUUAAGUUUAAAACUAAGGAAGGGAUGGAUAAAAUGUUAGAGGAUGGGCCAUGGAUGAUAAGAAAUGUUCCGAUUAUCUUGAAGAUGUGGUCGGCCUCUAUCAAAUUAGAAAAAGAGGAUCUUAAAGCUAUUCCGGUGUGGGUAAAGAUGCACGAUGUGCCGCUUACAGCUUAUACCGAGGAUGGUCUUAGUUUGAUUGCAUCAAAGAUAGGGGUGCCUAAGUUGUUGGAUACGUAUACUGCUACGAUGUGUGCUGAUUCUUGGGGAAGAAGUAGUUACGCUAGAGCUCUUAUUGAAGUGCAGGCGGGGGCUGAAUUAAAAAGAAGUGUCACUGUUGCCAUUCCAUCUUUAGAUGGUAAUGGUUAUUCUAAGGUGGAAGUCAAAAUUGAAUAUGAUUGGGAGCCUUUAAGGUGUUCGGGUUGCUGCGUUUUUGGUCAUGAUGAUUGUUCGUGCACAAAGAACCCUCAGGUUGUUCCAAUUGGGGAUUAUGGGAAAAAAGGUGAUGAUUUUCAGGUGGUGGGUGCUAAAAAGAAGAAAGCUACUACUCAAGGGCUUCAUAUAAAAAAUCAAAAACCUAAGGUAGUCUAUCGUCCGGUUGUCAAACCUAAACCGAAUGCGGCUGUGAAAAAUUCGAAUCAGGUUUCAACGUCGAACCCCUUUGAUAGUCUUAAAGAUGACGAUGGUAAUGGUAACAUGGGGGGUCGAGUGGCUGGUAAUCAGGGAGGUACCACCGUGGGUCGGGUUGAGAAGAAACCUUCAAGGGACGAGCAGGAAUCGGAUGAGGAGGAGGGUUAUAAUAAUGGUGUGCAAGAUUCAUAUGACAAAUGCAUAAAUACACUUGAAUCUAAGGAUGAAAAUCGGUGGCUAUGUGCUAGAUUAGGACCGAUGUUGAUGAUUGAAUUGUGA